GGCCUCGGCUCCGCAGCUGCCACUCCUCCUCGGGGUGCUGCACAAGUUUCGAGGUCACCGGCGACCCCCCCUAGCAGCGUGCCUGACUCUGGCCCCGCGAAGGAGCACGGGGCUUGGUAAGGGGGUUUGGGGGGGGCGGGACCUCGGCCCUGCACUCAGGAGGGCUCACCCGGACAGAACCUCAGCCUUCAGUUCUUGCCCGGGAGCCCUCGGCCAUCACCCACCACGUGGAGCCCCCACGCACGCUUACCGUCCUAGCGCGUCAGGACCAGCCCGGCCCCUCUUUACAAACGGUUAAACUGAGGCUCCGAGAGGGGACGGGGCGUACCCAGGGUCACGCAGCAGAGAGCGGACUCGAACCUCAGCUCUCAGGCUGAGACUCCUUGGUGGGACCACCUGCAGCCACUUCAGAACUGGAAAGGAUCUCCAAAACAAUGCAUCCAUUUUACAGAUGGGGAAACUGAGGCUCGGAGAGGCAGUGACAUCUAGGCAGAUAAUGCCUUGUCCCAGUCCAGGAUUCCUGAUCGUCCUUCUCCUUCACUCCUCCCAGUGAACCUAAGCUCCCCAGGCUUGUGCUGGGGGCAGGGUGUGACAGGAGUGGGCGCCCUGGCCUGGGGAGGUGAGGGGUGCAGCUGACGCCAGCCCCCCAGCGGCCCCCUCACUCUCCUCCAGCAGUGUGUUGCAUACUUUCUAAGGCGCCGGAGGCAGCGGCAGCUCCAUCCAGCCCAUCGGCUCCUCCUCAGCAUGGCUGGCUGCCUGAGUGAAGCGGACUUCGUGAUGGUGGAGGAGGGCUUCAGCACCCGAGACCUGCUGGAGCAGCUCACUCUGGGGGCCUCACAGGCCACCACGGAAGAGGUCGCUGCCUUCUUUGUGGCCGACCUGGGAGCUGUAGUGCGAAAGCACUUCUGCUUUCUGAAGUGCCUGCCGCGAGUCCGACCCUUUUACGCUGUCAAGUGCAACAACAGCCCGGGUGUGCUGAAGGUCCUGGCCGAGCUAGGACUGGGCUUCAGCUGUGCCAACAAGGCAGAGAUGGAGUUGGUCCAGCAUAUUGGUGUCCCCGCCAGUAAGAUCAUCUACGCCAACCCCUGUAAGCAAAUCGCACACAUCAAGUAUGCUGCCAAGCAUGGCGUCCGACUGCUGAGCUUUGACAACGAGAUGGAGCUGGCAAAGGUGGCAAAAAGCCACCCCAGUGCCAAAGGUGCUGCGUGUCUCCUCAGGAUGGUUCUGUGCAUUGCCACCGAUGACUCCCACUCCCGGAGCCGCCUGAGCCUCAAGUUCGGAGUGUCGCUGAAAUCCUGCAGACAACUGCUUGAAGAUGCCAAGAGGAACCACGUAGAGGUGGUGGGUGUGAGUUUUCACAUUGGCAGUGGCUGUCCUGACCCUCAGGCCUACGCUCGGUCCAUCGCAGACGCCCGGCUGGUGUUUGAAAUGGGUGCUGAGCUGGGCCACAGGAUGCACAUCCUGGACCUUGGCGGCGGCUUCCCUGGAGUGGAGGGGGCCAAAGUGAGAUUCGAAGAGAUUUCUUCUGUGGUCAACUCAGCCUUGGACCUGUACUUCCCGGAGGGCUGUGGUGUGGACAUCCUUGCCAAGCUGGGGCGCUACUAUGUGACCUCGGCCUUCACCUUGGCAGUCAGCAUCAUCGCCAAGAAGGAGGUUCUUCUGGAACAGCCUGGCAGGGAGGAGGAAAACGGUUCCGCCCCCAAGACCAUCCUGUACCAACUCAGUGAGGGCGAGUAUGGAAUCUUCAACUCAGUCCUGUUUGACAACACCUGCCCUACCCCCAUCCUGCAGAAGAAACCAUCCACGGAGCAGCCCCUGUACAGCAGCAGCCUAUGGGGCCCAGUGAUCGAUGGCUGUGACUGCAUAGCUGAGGGCCUGUGGCUGCCGCAACUACAUGUAGGGGACUGGCUGGUCUUUGAGAACAUGGGCGCCUACACCGUGGGCAUGGGUUCCCUCCUCGGGGGCGCCCAGACCUGCCGUAUCACCUAUGCCAUGUCCCGGGUGGCCUGGGAAGCCCUGCGAGGGCAGCUGCUGCCUGCAGAACAGGACGAGGACGCCGAGGGCACGUGCAGGCCUCUGUCCUGUGGCUGGGAGAUCACAGACACCUUGUGCAUGGGCCCUGUCUUCACCCCGGCGAGCAUCAUGUGAGCGGGACCUGUCCCCCCGCCCCCGGAGAACCCCAGCGGGGCCGCAGAGACGCCUCUGGGAGCGGAGGGGAAGGUGGCGAUCAGGAGCACCCUCUGGCCAGGACUCCGGCGCUCGCUCUGCCGGCCCCACGCUCCCCCUGCAGUGUUUCUGCCCUGUAAAUAGGACCAGUCUCACGCUCCCUGUAGUUCAAGUACGCAACAUAAAUCCUGUGCCUCCCA